AUGCCAGUAGUCGACGCAGAGUCGGCUCCAAUCCCGACGAUACCUCCUUUGCCCUCGCCGGUGAUGUUCCAGCGCUAUCCAGCCGAGCGCUGCAGUUCACCGCCAGGACCAGCUACGGCAGUUAUAGCAUCGGCGAGAGUAGAAUAUCGGCCUGGUGCAGAAAACCGUAGCAUCGCGGCAGCUGCACGGGCAGCAGCAACACGGAGGAAUGAAUCUCCAUUUCUAGUUCCCGACACAGCGAUGGCACGUCUUGCGUGUUAG